AUGGGGGGUGUGGAUAUAGAAUUCUCCAAGGAGAUCAAAAUACUUGGGCUAACCAUAGACGACAAACUGACGUUCAAUAGUCAUGUGGCAGAGGUUUGCAAAAAAGCCCUCAACAUCUAUAAACAGCUGUCUAGAGCAGCCAAAGUCAGCUGGGGCCUUCAUCCGGAAGUCAUACGACUAAUUUACACGGCUACUGAAGAGCCGAUUAUUAUGUAUGCCGCAAGCGCUUGGGCACCGGCGACUAAGAAACUGGGAAUACAGAAGCACCUGAAUGCAGUACAAAGAGGGUUUGCACAAAAGCUGACAAAAGCAUACCGGACCGUGUCCCUAAACUCCGCACUCCUACUGGCUGGCAUACUGCCCCUAGAUAUUCGCAUACAGGAAGCAGCAGCUCUUUACGAGGCUAGGAGAGGCACAGACCCAGAGCAGAGUCACGGUGAAGGGGACGUCGAACUAGUCACUGCGUAUGCGGAGACUCCCCAUCCAGCUGAACAUAUGGAACUGGAGUUCAUUAACCUGGUGGACCAGCAACAGGUGGAGGCCCACAACUGCCAAGCCGAACUACUGGCCAUAUGCAAGGCUACGAGGGUGAUUUUGGACCGUCAGGAGACGAGCUUCGGCAUAUUCAGUGACUCGAGGUCAGCUCUGGAGACUAUUGUCAACCACAAUACUCGUCACCCUCUAGCAACUGAAGCAAGAAGCAACCUGAGCUGUUGCAAAUCUCAGAAUAAGACAGUGAACUUAUUCUGGAUUAAAGCACAUGCAGGGCUGGAGGGAAACGAAGCAGCUGACAAGUUAGCCAAAGAGGCUGCCAAAACCCUGAAACGCAAACCCCACUACGAACAGUGCCCGGUCUCAUUCGUCAAGCAAAAAAUCCGCAUGGACUCGCUUGCAGAAUGGAACCGGAGGUACAAGUCAGGUACAACUGCAUCGAUCACCAAGAUAUUCUUCCCAGACGCAAUAGAUGCAUACAGGACAGUCCGUAAAAUUGAAAUUAACAAUGUACUAACCCAGGUUAUGACAGGACAUGGUGGAUUCUCUGAGUACUUGAAUAGAUUCAAGUGCAAGGAGAGCCCAUCAUGUACCUGUGACCCACAACAGGUAGAAAGCAUACCGCAUCUGCUAUUUGACUGUCCCGUGUACGGGUUCUCGAGAUACGAACUAGAGCAAAGGGCAGGUGUAACUCUGAGUGCAGAAAAUGCCAAACAUAUAAUAAUGAACAAGGAAGUACGUCAGGCUUUCUUAGAAUAUUGUAUAAAUAUAGCAAAUAAAGUUAUAGCUAGAAAUAAGUAA